ACAAGUACUGCCAGUUACAGCUUUGAAAUCACACGUUCAUGUUGUGUUUAACUAGGUUUACAUGUGUAAAAGAAGCGAAAUGCUAUGGUGGUUAAGAAACGCAAGUAGUGAAGCCGUUGUGACUGUAAAUAAAUGCCUGUUAGAAUCAGUCAGCGGUCUGAGGGAACCGUAAAAGAGAAGAUAUGAGGCAGUUGUAGCUUUAAACAGAACUACAUCCUCCACACUCCCUGCCCUGACGCUGCUUCUGUCGCCUCUUCCUGCUUCGUGAGCAGCUCUGGCUGAAGGACGGGAUCCCCCAUAGCUCCGGAGCUGCUGGUUUCUCUCCCGCUCCAGGUCGCUUUCUCACCCGGCGAUGGACGGCGGCGGCUCGGUGUGCAGAUAGACAGCGCGUCGGAACGCGGCAGAGCUAAAUCUGACUGACGACCAGUCAUGGUACCCCAGCCGUCUACUUGGAUUCUAAAGGUGCAAUGUCAGGAAAGAGAACCUCCUUUUCAGGAGCAGGAAAAAAAGAAGCGCUGGACUGAGCUGUUCAACCAACUGGACCUCAACAAAGAUGGACACAUUGACAUGUUGGAGCUGCGGGCAGGGCUGGCAGGCCGAGGGCUCUCCAAAGGCUCCCUGGAGAGGUUGGUGGAGGCCGGAGACACCAACCGGGAUGGAGUCCUGGAUUUUGAGGAGUUCAUUCAGUAUCUUCGUAACCACGAGAAGCAGCUUAAAAUCAUGUUUCGGAAUCUGGACAGAAACAAUGACGGUCAGAUCGACGCUGCGGAGAUUCGGGACUUUCUGCACAGCAUCGGUGUAAACAUCAGCCUUAAAGAUGCCAAUAGGAUUCUGCUGAGCAUGGACAGGGAUGGUACCAUGACGAUUGACUGGAAUGAGUGGCGUGACCACUUCCUGUUCAACCCUCUGAACAACAUGGAGGAUGUGGCUCGGUUCUGGAAGCGUUCAAUGAUAUUGGAUACAGGCGAGCAGCUUACAGUCCCAGAGGAGUUUUCAGAAGAAGAAAGGAAGUCUGGGUAUGUGUGGCGCCAGCUGAUGGCUGGAGUCAUGGCUGGAUCUGUAUCCAGAACUGGAACCGCUCCGUUAGAACGCCUCAAAGUCUUCAGACAGGUACAUGGCUCCUCUGAUUUUAAAGGGAACGCUCUGAGCGGGUUUCAAUACAUGUUGAAAGAGGGAGGACCCUGGUCUCUGUGGAGAGGAAAUGGAGUCAAUGUGCUGAAAAUUGCUCCUGAGACAGCCAUCAAAUUCACUGCUUAUGAACAGAUAAAACUCAUGAUGCAUGGCCGUGACGAGACGAGAACUCUGAGGGUCCAUGAGAGGUUUGUUGCUGGCUCUUUGGCUGGAGCUACAGCUCAGACAGCCAUUUACCCAAUGGAGGUUUUGAAGACACGCCUCAAUCUCAGAAAAACGGGUCAGUACUCAGGAAUAACAGACUGUGCCAAACAGAUCCUGCUGCGGGAAGGAGCGGCAGCCUUCUAUAAGGGCUACGUUCCCAACAUGCUGAGCAUCGUUCCUUAUGCUGGUAUUGACCUGGCAGUGUACGAGACACUGAAGCUUGCAUGGCUGAACAGGAACAGAGGCCUGCCCGACCCAGGGGUGAUGGUGUUGGUGGGAUGCGGCGCCAUCUCCAGCACGUGUGGGAUGCUUGCUAGUUACCCUUUGGCAUUGAUCCGCACACGGAUGCAAGCAGAAGCCUCAGCGAGAGGGGCCCCUAAACUUUCAAUGCUGUCCCUGCUUCACAACAUCCUUCGGCAGGAAGGCAUCGCCGGACUCUACCGAGGAAUCUCCCCCAACCUGCUGAAAAUCAUCCCAGCAGUCAGCGUGUCCUACGUCGUCUACGAAUAUACGAGGAUUAUGCUGGGAGUGGACAUUGAGGGUGAGAUGUAGAGAAGAGGGAUGGCUGUGGAAGGAACCUGCAGGUGUGGAGAAGGCGGUUGCUGCUGAGUCUUAAACACACAUUACCAAAGCACAGUGAGAGCCUAAAAAAGGAAGCAGUCAGUAUCAUUAUUGCUUCUUCUGGGAAAAAGACGAUGGUAAAAAGACGCACACAGAACUGCCUUUAUGGACUGGACACGGGGAAAGACGCACAAAGAGUUACGAAGAGCUGCCCUGCAACUGUCUAUGCAGAAAACAUGUUCAGUAUGUAAAUUCAAAGACUGGGCCUAGGCCACUGCCACAUAAUGUUCCCUAAUCACUGGGAUUAAAAGACGAAUUUUGUGUUUAACUUCUCGUUUCACAAACAAGAAGUUCUAUUUAUUGCCGUUUAAAAAAUAUGUAUGUGCAAACAAAUGCAUGCACUGUGCUGCUUUUCUGGUCAACUCCUACUGAUUGUUUUCUUUUUAAAUUAUAAGCAUGAUAUUAAAGCACUGUUUCUGGGGGAAAAAAAAUAUAACUGAAUAAAAAUAGUAAUUUUGAAAUUCCUCUUGGUUCUCCUUAUGUACAUUUCAUAUAGUCUCAGGGAUGUUAUUGA